GUCUCGUUUAAAGUUUCCUCCUUCACUCAUGUCCAACACUUGCGAACCGUUACUGGCAGCCCUCAAGGAAUGUCUCCUUCAGUCCGACUGUGUCCGAAAGGAGGGCCGUCUUCCCUCUGACUGCCUCAAACACCAUCUGGAUGAGCUUCCAGAGCAAUGUCAAUCAUUACGAAAGGCAACGUUCGAAUGCAAACGGGGAAUGCUGGAUAUGAGGAAACGUUUUCGCGGUAACAACGCUGGAGCUGCUGCAAAGCAAAUCAGGGACUUGUGUUGGUCAUUAUCAUCGUUCUCCAUCUUGUACCUCUGAAGUGAAGCUCUCAAUGUGGCAUGUCCCGCUUGAUGUCGGUGUGUGCAGAAUAGGUUGAAACUUUAUCUCAAUGCUUCUUGUGAACUUUGCCAGCACGGGGCCGAACAGCUCUCUCAAUACCUCAAGCCCUGUACAACGCAAUCUUUUAACAGUACUUCGACUGACUCAUUCGCCGCGUUGAAGGGUGUUCGUGCAUAGUGUUACAUGUCUAUUCUAGGUUGCGGAAACUGCAGCAUCCUAUAUCUAUGGGCACUCGUAUUGAGGCAUCGAACGAGAAGAAAGAAAUAUUAUAAUAUAGCUACAUACAACAAUCGAGACUCGCAAGGAAAAACAAGGGAACGAAUGUGAACGAAAUCGUUAAGGCUUUAUCUCCGCCAACUCCGUCACAUUCUCCUCAGGCUUAUCAUACUCGUUAAACGCAUCGGAAGCCUGUUCAACCCACAUACUGUAGUACAGACCUCCACGACGCAUGAGUUCAUCGUGUGUACCUUGUUCGACAACUUGUCCUUCUUUCAACACGAAGAUGAGGUCUAAGAUACGUGAAUGCAGCAGCAAAUACGUUGCGAAGGGUAUGUGAAAAAAGAU